AUGGAGAGCUGGGACGGUACAAGUCGUUUUGGGACGGGGCGACUUGAGCUUAGGGUACCGUUGACGCGCGGUGCUCUCCCGGGGGCAGUUCCAGAAGAUGAUGAGAGCGAAAACGAAAGGGACGGAGACACCAGUGCCGGCAAGGACAUCGAUAAAUCUGCCACUCAACAAAAGACGAGUGGCACUAAGGGAGGCAGCGAAAAGACCCCCGCCGUCCAAAACGACAAGGGGGCUAAUGCAGAGAGUGAAGACAACACCUCUGUAUCGAAACACGUGAAUGAUGCCCCAGCGAAUCGAUCUGGAAAGGUGAUCUCACCCAGUUUGCUGGACAGCUUGCCGGCGUUAGUGGGUGUUCUGUUUGGGGAUAUUGCCGUCUCUAAUGAACAGAUACGAGAACCGAUUGGGAUGAGCUACGGAGUCGGUGUUCGCAUUGGAGGCAUAAUCACGAUGAACUGGACAAGGACGAUGGACGGGAGAAAAUCGCGACUCCAUUUUGGGUUGAUCGAUAGAAGUCUGUAAAGGUAGCAGUGCGAUCUUGCCAGUUAAGAAUUAAGUAUAAAUCCCCGGAAUCAUCCCACAUGACAAGAGCUAGUUCUCGUACUAUCGCUUGCGUUCUUGUUGCCAACGGUAAACGGCAGGCGCUCCUGUCGUAGAAUUCGCUC